UUCCAAAUUAAAUCUCCACAGAAAGAAAUCGAGAAAAUUCCCGCGAAGAUGUUUAGCAUCCGAGUUCACUCCGUGGAUUCAAACCACCCUCUUGGCGGAGAAGAAGAAGGAUGGACAACCACCACUAUCAGCAACACCCAUUCACGCUCAGUCCAUUUUACAAACCCUAAUUUUGAUAUUCAACAACGUAAAGGAAUUAUUCAUCUAUACCGCAAUAACAACAUAUCAUCAUCUACUCAUUCUUCUUCAUCUCUUUUGUCAAACCCUAAUUAUAAUCACGAAACCAAUAUUAUUAGGAAUUCCAGUGAAACUACUCUUCUUUUUGUUCUCGCUGUUCCGAUUCAUCUCUCCAUCUAUGAUUUCAUUCACUUUUGUGGAUCUUAUAUCCAUCAUCUUUCAGAAAUUCUCAUCAUCAGAAAUGAUGUAUUGGAAGAUCGGUACAGUUUGUUGAUUAAGCUCGUUGAUCAGAAAAAAACUGAUAGUUUCUUUCGGAAUUUCAAUGGAAGGCCGUUUUCAUCCACUGAGGCUGAGAUUUGUCAUAUACUCUCUAUAGUGUCUGUGGAAUAUACUGAAUUAACUGAGAUUGCCAAUACACCUCCACCUGGAUUUACAGAAUUGCCAACUUGUCCUGUUUGUCUCGAGAGACUAGACCAAGAUACAAGUGGGAUUCUAACGACAGUUUGUGACCAUUCGUUCCAAUGCCCAUGCAUUUCAAGAUGGGCUGAUUCAUCUUGUCCUGUUUGCCGUUUUUGUCAGCAGCAGACUGCGAAACCGACAUGUGCUGUUUGUGCAACUCAGGAGGACCUAUGGAUCUGUCUAAUUUGUGGUUUUGUAGGAUGUGGAAGGUAUAAAGGGCGUCAUGCUAUCAGACACUGGGAAGAUACCAAACAUUGUUAUUCACUCGACGUAGAAGCACAGCGAGUCUGGGAUUAUGUUGGUGAUACCUAUGUCCACCGUUUAAAUCAGUCAAAAACAGAUGGUAAGAUGGCAGAUUUGAACUCCAGAUGUAGGUCUGUUGAUGGAGAUUGUGGACCUUGUUCGACUUGCGAAUGUAGCGAAGAUUCUGGAGCUAGUGGUGCUGUCUUUGGUGAUAGAGUUGAAACGAUUGUCGAUGAGUACAACCAUCUGCUCGCAAGCCGGCUUGAGAAACAGAGAGAGGACUAUGAAACACUACUUGCUGAAAACAAAGAAAAAAGGGGGAAGUUUGUUUUAGACAAAGUGGAGAAGGCUGUGAAUUUGAAGCUGCAGGAAACUCAACACAAGAUUGAAAAAUGUUUGGAGGAAAAGACUGCCAUUGCCAGCAGAAAUGAGAAUCUGAUGAAGAACCAAGAUAAAUGGCGGAAGACAAUUAUGGAACUGGAAGAAAGAGAAAGAUCAUCAAUUGCUCUGAGGGAUGAGAAGAUAUUGGAUCUGGAAGAACAGAUAAGAGAUCUUACGGUGUAUGUUGAAGCUCAGAAAACACUAGCUAAACUGACAGACUCCGAUGGCAUUAAAGGAGGAACCGUCUUGUCAGUUCCUUUACAGCAACAAUCUUCUUUACCCAAUACGAAAAGACGCUCAAAGACCAAUAAAAGGCGAUAAAGAGUAAAUACUUGUGGAUCGAUAUCCUACACAGGUUAAUGUUCAUGUAUAGGUAGUAUAUUUUUAUAAUCAGCAAAUUACCAGAUACGGAUUCUGUAAAAUUUUGUUGUGGAAAACAAGUAAGUUCCGACUUGCAUGUGAAUGCAGAAUUCUUGAAGCCUUGUCCAAC